ACACCUGCUGCUGCCCCGUUAGUUCAGAGGAGCCCAGGAAGAGAUGGCUGCUACCACAGCUCAGUCCAUGGGGACGCUGCCCAGUGGAAUGGAGAUAUGCACCACAGCCCCAGAUAUAUUUUAUCUGCCGGAACUGGUGUUCGGAGGCUUGGUGUGGAUCCUGGUGGCGUCGACCCACAUCGACCCCGUCAACCCUUUGGGGUGGGUGAUGUUCGUCUCGGUCUUCUGCUUCGUCAUGACCUUCCUGUGGAUGAUCAUGUUUGCUGCUGGCUGCCACAAGAGCAGCCCCGGCUGGGCCGCCGCUGACUUUGUCUACCACGGCCUGGCAGUGAUUUUCUACCUCAGUGCGGGAGUGGCCUUGGCUUACAUUACUUUGCUGAGAAAAUCACUUCCGCCGUUACGAUUCUACCAGAUUGAUAUUGCAGCAGUGGUGUUUGCCUUUGCGACCACAUUCCUCUACUUCAUCCAUGCCAUCCUCUCCGCCAUCCGAUGGAAACACUUCUGAGGAGAAUCAGGAAGAAAUCCUGCAAGCGUCAUAAAGGACGUGCACAAACAGGCAUGAAGAAAUGUGUUCAGAUUCAAACCUUUUUACUCCUAUUUUAUAUUUUCUCAGUUACUAAAUGUUGUCAGCAACUUAAAAGUUCAUAGGGUCACGAUAAGCUGUUGAUCCGCAGUUUGUUAUGUUACAUAACAUUUGUGAUUCUUUUUUGGGGGGGUUGAGGCUUUCUGGACUGAGCACCAAACAGUUUAGAGAUGCAAACAUAAAGUUUAGAAAUGGAGAGUAGAAAAUUCUUUUUGUAUGUGGUCAAGCAAAUACUGUACAUGUAAUUAUAGAAAAUUGAAGUGGAACAAAUCAAGUGUCUGUUUUUCAUUUGCUUCAAGGUUAUGUCAUCCAUGUUUGUUUGGGUUUUUUGUUUUUCAAACAAAGAAGCAAAAUAUGAAAAUUUUGUUAAAUGUUUAAGGUGUGUUUAGAGCGACACAGAAACACAUCUCCACCUCUUCGGGGUUGGACGGCCUCCAUGCCAUUACCUUAAUCUUUAACAAUUUCACAGAUUCUCUACUCCAAAAAUAUUAAGAUUACUUUAAACCCAUAAAUCUGCCAGGAGAUUUAAUAAUUAGCUGUGGUCAGGUUCAAAUCCAAUUACAUACAAUUCAACUCAGUAACAUAAAGUUGAUCACUUUUAAUAUUAAACCGCUGUCAGUGUAAGGAAGCCAGGCCAAUGGCAUCUCUCCAUUACAGUAAUCCCUCCUUCUGACCGUGUUUUAACUUUGGAAAGCAAACUUCAAGCGCAACAAGAAAAAAUGCUUCCCAAAAUGAGUUCCUAAUCUUUUAACAUAGGAGAGAUGAACAGUGAUAAACCUGAGGAGAUAACGUCCCAUCAUCAGGUGGGUUAAAGUGACCCACUUCAGGUUGUUGUUCCACCCACUGCUGGAUAUUAAAUCAGCCAGAGCAGCUCGGGGUCAUUUAACACAGCAGGGUUUGGUUACAAGUUUGACACCACAUGCUGUGGUAGGUUUUGAGCUAACAUGUCAUUUUCACGCAAGCUGAGGGCGGAGUCAACAGAAAACCCCCGAUAAGCAUUUCUAAAUAAGUCAUGUGAAACAGAAUGAUUCACCUUCUGAAUGAGCUUUCACUGCAGGGGGAAAACCAUCUGGAGGCCAUUUAAAGUGGAGAAUUCGCUAGUUCUUAUAGUUUUACUAGUUGUCGUCAUCAAGUGGAGAACAUGCAGGGUUCAUAUCAGCUGAUACAACUGCUUUAUGACUAUUCAGCUAAAGUUAGGAAUGCAGCAAUAAAGGGGGGAGAACAAUUAAUAAAAAGAUAAUCAUAAUUUCUUUCUAUAAAGUGUUUUAAAUGAACUAUUAAAAAAAAACAUUAAAAACAGACAUUUUUAAAGCCCAUUGCUCUACACAGAAGGAAAAUUGGCUUGUUGUGGUAGAGGGGCAAACCAGCAACAGUUGAGUCCUUUAACUAUCAGGGUCUUAGAGAUGGUUUUUGAAAGGGUAGUUGUUCAAAUGUCCCUGUUGUUUUUUCUUGGGUAGUUUUUUUCCCCCACUACAGAAAAUGUAUCCACAAGUCUCCGAUCAACUGGAAAUACCUGGAAAUUUAACCAGGGCCUGCCAAAGUGUGCCCUUCAGUUGGAACCCAGCGUUCUGAUACUAAAAAUUAGCAUCAAUGCUAGCUUAGCUAGCAAUUACUAAAUAGCAUGUGGAGAACCACAAGCAUGUUGACUAACAUGGACCUGUCCCAUUCAGUAUGUUGAAAUGAGUGUAUUAGCUAAAAUUAGCCAAAAUGCUAAUGUUAGCCUAAAUGCUGCUAGUCACUAGCAGCAUUUCGUAUGCUGUCUUACAUUGACUUCCUCCAUUCAGUGUACUAAUGGAGUACACUGAAUGGCUAAUAAGAAAAAAGCUUUUUUCAAGGAAAAGGCUAAUGAUAAUUAGCAUAACGAAUGCCAAUAAGCAUUAGCUAAUUAUUAGCAUUAGCAAAUGCCAAUAAGCAUUAGCUAAUUAUCAGCAUUAGCAAAUGCCAAUAAGCAUUAGCUAAUUAUUAGCAUUAGCAUUAGCGAAUACCACUAGUAGUGCACUAAGUAGCACUACUGCUAAUGCACAAACAUAAGCAGUAGUGCACUGCUAAUGUUUGUGCUAAUGUUAAUGUUAUGUUUCAUUAACAUGACCUUUUUCUCUCAGGUCAUGUUAAUGACCUGAGACUACUGUCUAAUAUUAGACAGUAGCAGCCCUUUCGCCACCCUUAAUAUGUAAAUUAGUAUAAAUCUGUUUGUAGCAAUAAGUAUUUAUAAUAACAACAAUUCUGUUUUUGUGUUUAUGAUGUAAAGCACUUUGAAAUGCCUUGUUGCUGAAAUGUGCAAGACAAAUAAAAUUUGAUUGAUUGAUUGA